AUACCCAUAAAGCAUUUCUUUUUGGGGCACUAUAAAAAGUAGAUUUAACUGUAUUUUUUAUAAUAUCUGUCAUUGUAAAUACAAGAUACGUCAAAUAAGAUUAUUUGUUGAGACUAAAACACCUAUGAUAAAAGUCAUAUUUUGCAUGAAAACUAAAUUUUUAUUUGAGAACGCACUGUACCCUGGGUAAUUUCCAAAAGGUAUAUCUUUGCUGGAAAACGGUAUACAGCCAUGAUGCUUCUGCUAUCAAUGCACAGCAGACGACCAUCAACUCAAUCCUAAAAAUGUCUUCGAUGAAAAGAAAGCAAAAUAACCCAACCAAGUCAGCAUCCGACCAUAAAAAGAAGGAGCGGGUUUCAAGGCCAUCAAGGAGUACAGUCAAAUCUGAGCCAGAUGAAGCUUCUCUUGCUAGGACUAGACCUCAAAGGAAGAUCAUUCCAAAGAGGCCUUUGUCUCCAGAUGUGGAGCUAUCAAGUAGAAGGAAGAAGCGCAAAAAGAAAAAAGCCCCUCCAGCUAAGCCUGUAAAUGUGAUGUCUACUCAUGCUGUCCACAUCCAACCAGAGGAGAUAAAACAACCUAAAUUGAGCAAAGCGCACAAAGCUUCACUCAAACUUAAAAAGAAAAAGCGGAAGAAGAAGACCUUUGUGUUUCCUAUUCUUGCUGCUGACCGUGUGCCCAGGGAUCAAGAAACCAGACCUAGUAAGUCAAAGGAUGGAGAAGCAGGUCUAUCGGUGAGUAGCCCUAGACCGGCUCCUACGAAGAAGAGGUCCAAGCAUAUUGCAAGAAAUGUCCUGGAUGUGGACCUUCUGAGGAUGCUACCCGCUGCUGAGCUGGUCAAGAAAUUCUCCAAACAUACAAGUUUCAAGGUUCCAACAGAAGAAAGUAAAGCUCAAGUGAAGCAGCAUGUAUAUAGCUGUAAGAUGCUACCACACUACUGCACUGAAAAAUUCUAUGGGAAUGAUGAGGACACAAAGAGACAGAUCACCAAACACCUUCUCAGACACGUGGGAGAACUACUCACUGUCACCAACAGAGGAAUAAAUAUGAUGGCACCCUCAGCAAAAAAACACAAAAAGAAAGAAUCUAAGAAAGGAGUUGAGAAUCCUGCUAACUCUACAAUGUACAUCCUACCCAGCGCUCCCCGCCCCAUGAGAGUCACGCUGCCAAAGAAUGUAAGCUCCCGCAUGAAACGCUCCAGCUACACUGUCAUCCGGUCUGCUGAUGGGUCUGAGAAAGGCAUCAGUGAGGUGGUCCUCUUACCCAAAGGACGGCUACUGGGGAUUAUGAAUGCUCCCACCAAGCAGGAAAACAACAGUGAUUUAAUAGACGUUGAUGACAGUUCAUACGGUGGCGAUCCCAAGGAGAGGGUCGUAGUGAAGAAAGGGCGUGGUGUGUUAGAAGGAACAGCUUCCAAAGUGGGUCUUUCUUCCCCUCAUGACUCCAAAAUAAGAGGGCUAAAUAUAGAAUCACUAGCCAAGGCAGUGGAAGCUAUGGUGGAUAAAGAGAGUCAAGGGUUGAAUAUCGAGGCUGCAGAAGCCUUGGUGAAAGCAGUGAGUGGUGAUGGAAAAGACAAUGUUAAUGCAGAUUCAGUUCGAGUCUAUAAGAAAGAGCCUACAUCACCAACACCGUCAUCCUCUUCCUCGUCCUCUUCCUCAUCUUCUUCUGGAUCCUCCUCCUCAUCUUCCACCUCAGCAUCGCCAUCACCAAUAAGAAUCUCAAAGGACAUGGUCAGAGUCAAGAAAAUUCCCAAGCUCUGUAAGGUCUCCAAAAAGACAAAGAAGAAGCCAAAUCCAAAAGCAAUCACCAUGCCUGAUUUAAUUCCGACUGCGGUCAACGCGCCCAGCGCUGACCACACCUAUGCAUUCACAAAUAACCUCAACCAUGGAGCCCCUGUGCAUUUGGAUUCGGAGGGGCGGCCCAUAGACUCGCCUCCGGGUUUAGUAGACGAGUGGGAGAAUGAUGCAAUGGAUAUAGAUCCCCUCGUGACCACAAUGAAUGACCAGCUGUACAAACUAAUUGCAGACAUUGACCCACCAUCUCCUGACCCUAAGGUUUCUAAUGAGAAUGAAGAGCCUGUCAUUGUGGAAGGAGCCAAUGUCACUGUGGCUAAUGAGGAAGUGAUGGCCGACAAACCCAAGAAAUCAAGAAUCAAACCAAAGAUUAAAGUCAACAUUCAAAGUGAAGAAGUCAAGCAAUCUGCCCUUCAUUACCUGCAGUCCUUUUCCAAGAUUCGGAAGCGUAAAGGACCAUUCACAUGUGAGAUAUGUAACAAGGUACUCACUGCUGCAAGUACUCUCAGAGCUCACUACAGGAGUCAUGCAGGUAUCAAGCCUUACCAAUGUGACAUCUGCCAAGCAACAUUUACCCGUCUUCAUAGCCUCAAGUACCACACUAUGAUCCACAACAAGGAAGCACGCUUCCUCUGUAGCUACUGUCAGAGACAGUUCCGCCACAGCAGCCACUACCGCGAGCAUCUGCGCCGUCACACCGGCGAGGAACCCUUCGGUUGCAGCGACUGUUCCGCACGCUUCAAGACCAGGAACACCUACAAGCGACAUCUGAGGAGCAAGCAUGGUAAAGUAGUGUCCGAGGAUGGAAAGAUCAACCUUGCUCCUCCUGAUAUCAAGUCAAAAUCAGGGCAAGGUCAAGUUCAAAUCAAAUUCUUUGCGCGAUCACGGAGCACAGAAGGAAGCCCGUCCAAAGGAGAAACGCCGCCGACGGACGUGACACCAUCCCUGGAACUAGUACUGUCCCCCGGGCAAUCACCAUCAAUGGAACUAAUGUAUCGACAAAACCAAUACCAGCCAAAGAAAGAACACCAUCAACAAAAGUAACACCAAGUGUGUGAGUUUUUUUUUCUAAACAUGUCAAUAUCAGUGUUUUGUUGUUUUUGUUUCUCUCUCUCCCUCUCUUUCUCUGUUAUACAUUAUCAGCAGUAGUCAACAUCGAAAAUCCAAACAAAAUGUCACUUUUCUUUUUAUUCUUAAAACCUGUGUUAGAUUUCUAAAUUCAAUUACCAAAAGUGUAUGGCUUCGAUGUAAAUCAAAAUUAAUUUGAGGUCAUUAUUAAAGUAUUUUAAUGUAAUUCAAGGUCGAUUGUAGAAUAUAUAUAUUGAUUUUGAAAAUUACGAUUUUCACAAGUUGUUGAAGUAACUUAUUCUUAUAAAAAUUUAGUUUCAGUGGUAUUGAUAACGAAAAAUGAAUAAGUAGUGGCACAGAAGAUUCAGUUUUUGCAAUUUCUGAAGUGUGUAUUCAUGUUUUAUCAUGAUGAUAUGAUGUAUCUUUAGAAGCAAUAAUGAUGCCUUCAUAGAUGAGCAGGACACACUCUAAGUAUAAGCUCACCUAUUCUGAUUUUAAAAACUCUCAUUUUGGUUCUUUGAAAAUGGGCUAAACAUACAGUUUAUAAGUGUAAAAAUAUCAGUCACAAAGUUGUGAAGGAUCAUUUCUACAAAAACUUCUUUAAAACAUUGGAGAUGUAAACCAAAGUUUGAAAAUGAACGAGGGUUGGUUUCAAUAACCACAGUAUUGUACGAAUCUGUACUGAACUGUAGAUGAACCCAGCAUGACCUAUGUACUAUGUGCAGUGUGUAUGUACAAUGUAGCUCUGUGUGCAGGAGUUACUCACAACAGAAGGCUACAUGCAACUUGGAGACAGCUCUAUCAAUAUCAGGGGUGGUAUUCAGAAAAUUGUCUGAACUUUUUGUAAAAUAUUCUUGUAACUCAGAAAUAUGACAGCAGGCUAAAAUUAUUUUUUAAAUUGGUAUUCUGAAAGUUGUCUUAUCUCUGUAAGGACGUCCCCUAUUUUAUCUCUGACAUGCCCAAUAAUUUAUCAUCAAUGUAUCAUUAAACUCUUUAUAUGCACAGGUCAACCAAUAGAAUUGUUUCCUCUGAAAAAUUAUUAAGCACAUUGUUGGCAUGAGGCGUAAUUACCUUUGCGCCCUUGACGCUUAUGCUUGUGCGCUUCUUUGCUAAAAAUACUCGCGGCUGUUCUUCUAGUCACAUUUUCUUUGAAAAGAUUCGUCAAUGCGCUUCUGUCUUCGGAAUGUCUCCUUUUGUAACACAAGAUGUUCUCGUGGGAUGCAGCAAGAAAUUAUUAUUUUUAUCAAAAGGGUAUCGUUCAAACAAACUGUGACCCUCUUUCAGUUAUGGUAAGACGAAGCUCAACAACAUUUUUUCAUAUAGUGUACAAAACAUAAUGAGAUAAAUCACCUCUCUUAUGCUAAUCAAUUCACAUUUCUGGGGGGCGUUUCAUGAAAGGACUUGUCGGACGUUUUAUCCGACAAGUACCAUUUUAUCCGACAGUUACCAUAGUAACAGUACCUCUCAGCCAAUCAACAUCAGAGAAAGAUGUCAGAUCUGACAACUUGUCGGAUGAAAAUAUUGAUGAAACACUCCCCUGGUGUGUUACAUGCUUCAAGUCCCAACAAUUUUCUAAAAUUGUACAGACAAACUCAUGGUAUCACAAUGAUGGCAUGACUCAUGUUAAAUGGCGACAUAAUGAGUUCAUUAUGAUGUUGUUAAUUUGUCUGCGCAACAUUGAACAAGUUUAUUUCACGGUAACUUUUAUUAGGAAUUUCAUUAGACAACGGCUUUUUGUUGCCCUGCAGCAAAAGACAUUUGUAAUGCCUUAUAUCCCAUUGAUUUUGUACGUAAAAUGUUGCUGAAUCAUGUCACACCAUGUCUGGAAGAUGCUAUCAUUUUCUUUGUUUCUUGGUCUUAAGGCCACUGCACACCUUACGACCUGACUGGUCUACGAGUACGACUGAUCUGUGAAGGUAGUCAUAAGCCUCGACACCACACACCUUACGAUCUAACUACCCUGCUGUCAGUGACUCAUGCAUAUGCUUUUCGUUUUUGCCAUAGCAACUGAGAAAAUGACGCUUACUACUGCGUAUGCGUGUUGCAUAUCAUGUACUUGUCAGUAUUUAAGUGCGACUCUGCUGUCUGAUUGGCUUGAAGUUGGAUUGAGUUUGCGACCCAGUUAUAAAGGUUCGACAUGUCAAAUCAAUUUUCCUUGCGAUUUGUCUCUGACCGGUCUGCGACUCUCAAGCUGACAAGAGCUGUGACGUCGCAUUUCCCUUCACUCAGUCACAGACCAGUCGUAAACCAGUCAGGUCGUAAGGUGUGCGGUAGCCAUUAUGCAAUAUUCUCACCGAUUUAACCGACUCUAAAUUGGCCGAUGGUAUGCUAUAGGACAUAACGUAAUAGAUUUGGUUGGUCUGGAUUCGGUUUCAUUUGUCUGACUGUGUAAUCAGUCUUGAUUUAGCAAUCUACCCUAUGGAGCUGCUGCCAAACUUUGGCAAAAGGAAGCAAGUGACACAUCAGUCAAAUUUGAGUUAUUGUUUUUUCUGAAACACCCUUUGUAUGUUGUACGUUCCGGCUAAAUUUGGGGAAGAAAUGAUCGUUCUGUGGAAAGAUAUUGAAGAAAAUAUGCUGUUGAAUUGCAUUGAUGCCUAUGUACAGAUGAUGAACACACAUUGCUCAUUUACAACAAAUGGUUCUUUUGUAACUUGCUUCCUUUUGCCAAAGUACGGCAGUUGGUGUUAUUACCAGCUAAAUUUAUAGAAGUCAGCUGAAGACGUUCAUGUCUGUAUCACUGUUUUACUCACUUUUUUUUGUCUCUCCCAGGUGGAAACAAAGAAAUGUUUUGCACAUUUAAAGUCUCAUCAGCUUUUACAAGUAGGCAAUAGUAUAUUCUCACUCUAUGGCCCGUAUUCUGAAGCCGAUUUUAACUUGGGCCAUGGUCUAGCUUUGUGUUGAAAUUAUGGAAAGCUAAAAAUGUCAAAAUUUUGUUAACGUACCGUGAUCUUUCUCUAUGCGUUAAUUUAAUAAUGAGGUAAACUAUUUUAGUUAUCAUUCCUAGAAAGUUAUGAAAGCAUUGGGCACCAGAUAUACUGAUGAAAUGAACCUCUGUACUGUAAAAAAUAGCGUCACAACAGGCUAUCCAUAAUUAAACCACAAUUUUAGACUCUAAAUGAAAGGAAACCAAGGUUCAGAAUAUGGUCCUAAAAUCUCAGUUUGUAGUUAGUAACAACAAUCUUUUGGGCGUAUUUGAUCAUUAUGAAAACAAUAAGCAGUAAUGCUUUAGAGAUUGAUUACCAGACGAGCAAAUUAUAUUCAUCUAUGAAUUAUAUUUUUUCAUUGUUUUGAAAAUAGCUGUCUUCUCUCCCUUUUAUGAUUGCUUACAAAUUGCACAUUGUAAUGAUGUUAAAUGUCUUCCGUCUUAACUGAAACAUUUUCCUGUCUAAUUUUCUGUUCUUUCACUUUUCAUUUGUAUCAAUCUUUACUAUGGUAUUUAGAGUUUUAUCUUUUGUCUUUUUUGUGUUAUAAUGCUGGUUAUUUCCAUGAGUUUGUGUAAAUAAUUGAUAUUCAUAAUGUAUUGCACUAUACUGUAUGAAGAGAUUUGAAAGCAUAGAAUAUAUUAUUGAUCUCACUCUUAUCAGCAGUAGAGUUUGUACUCUAUGCCCCAGCUGAAAUCUCAAAAGUACACUAUUACUUGUACACUUCUUUUCAUAUACAUGUCAUAUUUUGUUAAUUACACUUGAUAUUUGUCAUUGGCUAAUACCUUGAACUAUUACGUUAAAAGUUCUAGCUUAAAGGUCAAGUCCACCCAAGAAAAAAGUUGAUAUGAAUGAAGCAUUUCACUGAAAAUUUCAUCAAAAUGGGAUGUAAAAUAAAGUUAUGACAUUUCGAAGUUUUGCUUAUUUUUCACAAAACAGUUAUGUACACAACUCAGGGAUAUGCAAAUGAGAUAAUCGAUGAUGUCCCUCACACACUAUUUCUUUCGUGUUUUAUUUUUUUAUUUUUAUUUUUAAUUUUUUUUUUAUUUACAGAUUUGACAUAAGGACUUCCUUGCUUGACCCACAAAAUGUUAUCAUGUUCAGGAAGGAAUCACUUUGUUUCACAUGAUUAUGAGAAAAUUAGAAUAUUUCAUGUAAUGAAAUAGUGAGUGGAUGAUGUCAUCAGUCCCCUCAUUUGCAUACUUACCAGGAUGUGAGUAUUGACUGUUUUGUGAAAUUAAGCGAAAAUUUGAAAUUCAUAACUUUCUUAUUUUACAUCCAACUUGAUGACAUUUUGAUUUUCCCCUUUUUAUUCAAACCAACCUCUUGCUGGAGUGGUGGACUUGUCCUUUAAGGACCUGCGUUUUAUACAGGUAUUUUACAAGUCCAUUACUGUGGGUAAACAUAUUCAAGUUUGAUUUCAAGGACCUCAGCCUUCAUAAAUUAUCUCAGAUUUUGCAUAAAAAUGAGGAAGGGAAUUACGAGGGGCAAAAAAAUCAAAUAUUUUUCUUAAGAAUCUUGUAAUGAAAUGGAUAUUGUAUAUGGGAUAUGAAGUUCAGCUAUAUUUGACUUUUCUCUCUAUAAUUUCAGUUUAGUGUAUGAUGUAAGAUGAAGGACCAAGUGGAUUGAACUAGAUAUUCAAUUUCUCAUUGUAAAUAUGUGUACAGUAUCACUUCAUGGAUUGCAAAUAAAUAUACACACUACUAA